CUUCACUUCCUUCGCGCAUCAUGAGCCCCGAACCCCUAGUCUCCAUCGUCGGCGCCGGCCCAGCGGGCCUGACACUGGCGCGAUACCUCCAGAAGCACGGCAUCCCAGUGCAGGUGUUCGAGGCCGAGGCGUCCGCUUCGGCGCGGUCGCAGGGCGGCACGCUCGACCUGCACGCCGAUACGGGGCUGCGGGCGCUGCUUGAGACCGGCCUGAUCGACAAGGCGACGGCACUCAUGCGGACCGGCGACGCCGAGGCCAUGCGCAUCGUCGACAAGGAGGGAAAGGUGUGGCGCGAGGAGACGAGCAAGCGGGACAUGGCGGCGUUCGUCAAGGGCCCGUUGAAGGAGCCCACGAGGCCGACCAGUGCUUUCUCGGGCCGGCCCGAGAUCGACAGGAUCGACCUGCGCAAUCUCCUCCUCGACUCGUUGGAGCCCGACACCGUGAAGUGGGGCCACGCCGUGGCGUCCGCCUCGGCGCCGACAAACGACAGUUACACUUUGCAGUUCAAGAACGGGACGAGCGCGACCACACCGAUCCUCAUCGGCGCCGACGGCACGUGGUCCAAGGUCCGCCCGCUGCUACACGCCCAGAAGCCAGAGUAUUCGGGCCUGAUGAUGGUGGACAUGGAGGUGCCCGCGGCGGCGAGCACGCCCGAGCUGCGCGCCGUCACGGGCCCCGGCGCGGUCAUGAUCCUCUCGGACGAGCAGGGCAUCUUCGGGCAGAACAACUCGGGCGGCAAGACGAAAGUCUACGCUGCGUUCGUGGUGCCUGAGGACUGGGCAGAGCAGAACCCCCUGCCGGAGGGCGACGGCCCGCGCCGCGCGUGGAUCAGCAAGCACUACGACGGCUGGGCGGGCGCGGCCGAGCUGCUCGCCCACGUCGAGACGGAGAACAUGGUCCCGAGGAAAAUCUACCAGUUCGCCACGGACCUGACCUGGACGAGCGAGCUGUCCGGUGUGACAGUCAUCGGGGACGCGGCGCAUGUCAUGUCCCCGUUCGCGGGCGAGGGCGUGAACCAGGCCAUGGCCGACGCGGCCGACCUCGGCGCGACGCUCGUCGACGUCCUCCGGCCUACGGUACCAGCGUCGCUCCCGCCGUUCCCCCUUUCCCUCGUGCCGGCGUUCGCGCUCCUCAACCCCGCCCCAACGACCCCACUGCAGGCCGCGCAGAUCGGCUCGCGCGCCGAGCUGGGCGCCGCGCUGCGCGCCUUCGAGGCCAAGAUGAUGGCGCGCGCACGGCCCGAAAUGAUCGGCAGUAAAGAGAACCUCGGGGUCGCGUUCGGCCCAAACGGCGCGCAGGCGUUCGCGCACCUGAUGUUCAUGUUCCCCUUCCUCUUUGUCCGCGACCUCGCGCUCGCGCCGCUGUACUGGCUCAUCGGAAAGCGCCAGUAGCCGCAAGAUAGAUAGUUAUACAUGAUGCCACACUGCUACAGAUA